UCAUGAAGAGUGAAGUACUGAGAGUGACCCACGAGCUUCAGGCCAUGAAAGACAAGAUCAAGGAGAACAGCGAGAAGAUCAAAGUGAACAAGACUCUACCCUACCUUGUCUCUAACGUUAUUGAGCUGCUGGAUGUUGACCCCAAUGACCAGGAGGAGGAUGGAGCCAACAUUGACCUUGAUUCCCAGAGGAAGGGCAAGUGCGCUGUGAUCAAGACCUCUACGCGCCAGACAUAUUUCCUGCCUGUUAUUGGGUUGGUUGAUGCUGAGAAGUUGAAGCCUGGAGACCUAGUGGGGGUGAACAAAGACUCUUACUUGAUCCUGGAGACUCUACCUACUGAGUAUGAUUCCCGGGUGAAGGCCAUGGAGGUGGAUGAGAGACCCACAGAGCAGUACAGUGACAUUGGGGGCCUGGAUAAACAAAUCCAAGAGCUCGUGGAGGCCAUUGUCCUGCCAAUGAAUCAUAAGGAGAAAUUUGAAAACUUGGGUAUACAGCCACCCAAAGGAGUCCUUAUGUAUGGACCCCCAGGAACAGGGAAGACGCUUUUAGCUCGAGCAUGUGCUGCCCAGACGAAGGCUACGUUCCUGAAGCUCGCGGGUCCGCAGCUUGUGCAGAUGUUCAUUGGCGACGGAGCUAAGCUGGUACGCGACGCUUUUGCUCUAGCAAAGGAAAAAGCCCCUUCCAUCAUCUUCAUUGACGAACUGGAUGCCAUUGGCACUAAAAGGUUUGAUAGUGAGAAGGCUGGUGACCGGGAGGUGCAGAGGACCAUGCUGGAGCUGCUUAAUCAACUUGAUGGUUUCCAGCCCAACACACAAGUCAAGGUGAUUGCUGCAACCAACCGGGUUGAUAUCUUGGACCCAGCUUUGCUCCGCUCUGGACGAUUGGAUCGCAAGAUCGAGUUCCCGAUGCCUAAUGAGGAGGCCAGAGCCAGAAUCAUGCAGAUCCACUCACGCAAAAUGAAUGUCAGCCCUGACGUGAACUAUGAGGAGCUGGCUCGCUGCACAGAUGACUUUAACGGGGCGCAGUGCAAGGCCGUGUGCGUGGAAGCGGGGAUGAUUGCCCUCCGCCGCGGAGCUACAGAGCUCACCCAUGAGGACUACAUGGAAGGAAUCCUGGAGGUUCAAGCAAAGAAAAAGGCUAAUCUGCAGUACUACGCCUGAGCUCUGCCCAGUCAAGGAUCUGACCUUGGCAGAGGCCAGGACUACACUGGACUGUCCGACUUACUUUCUGUCUGGAAAAAAAUAAAGCAUUUCUUCCCCUUUAAAAACAA